CUUACUAACAAUUUUGCAUUGUCAACACAGACGCACUCUGUUAAUGGCAGUAUUGACAAGUAUGAGAUCAAGAACACCCCCAACAAGACCACGCUGUACGUGAAAGAUCUGGACAUCAGCAAAGACAUGGGCAUGUACCAGUGCCAGGGCACCAAUGAAAUAGGAUCAGCCAGUGAUAAGAUUCAGCUGCGUGUGCGUAGCCAACUGGCCGCCCUUUGGCCAUUCCUCGGCAUUGUCGCUGAGGUCAUUAUUCUCAUCACCAUCAUCUUCAUCUACGAGAAGAGGAGAAAGCCUGACGAGAUCAAUGAUGAUGAUGACUCAGGAUCUGCACCACUGUAAGUGUUUUGUAUUAUUUGUGCUGAGAUAUUGU